AUGGCUCCCGAUCCGAACAAGGCCGCCCACUACAUCAAGGCCCUUGACGAUGCCCGGUGCGAGGGCAAUUGGAGCGCCGUCCCCGAGUUCGUACGCAAAAUCAGGAAACAUGCGCCUGACCGAGCCUGUCUGACUUUGGCCGCUGAGACGGAAUGCGCCAUCGCAAAAGCCACCGACCCUUCUGGUGCCGGACGACCUUCCACCUCUGUGUCCGCCAAGGAUCUCGAUGCCGAUAACGUUCAAUCAAAGCUUCAGGCCGCCAUAGACGGGGAAACAAGUCACUCAGAAGACAAAUUUCAGGCUCAAGUCUGCGCCGGACUGUUGCAUUGGGUGGUUGGAGAGGUCGAUCAGGCAGCGGUCAAGCUACCUCGGAACAUUGAGGAGGAACUGAGCACCGCCGACAAGUCGGAAUGGACCAAUAUCAGCGCUUUGAAGGCCGCCGUCAUCAAGGCGAACUGCCUUGCCCGUACCCAAAAGACAGCCGAAGCUCUCUCCGUUUUCGAUUCCGUACUGCCAUCCGUAUCCAUGGCUCCGAGUUCACGAACCGCCCACAAGCAAUUCAAAGUCUGGUCUGAACUGUUUCUGACUGAGUACUGUGUGCUUCAAAGCGACGCCCUCCGUUCGAACGAGAGGUCACUUGCAGACCCUAACUCGGUCGCCUGCUUCCGAUCUUGGGCUAGGUACUGGGAGUCGAUGACAGGGCCGGUCACGGGGGGGUAUGGUUACAGGGGCUCGGUGCCGAGACGACAGGUGUGGCUCGAGUACUAUUUGGCGUUGUCAACGAUCAUUGAGCUUGACAUUCCAUUCCCAACAGGAUUCCUCGGCAAAAUCACAAACGAGGCUUCAUCCACGCGAAACCAGCUGAGGAUCGAGCUGAAGAAGACCGAGGCUGCUUACGAGGCGCUCCUCAUUAGCGAAACCAGCUUUCCCCGUGCCGACGAGACGAGAGAAGAAGUCGAAUCCUUUAUCAAGGCUGUUGUCAGGAAUUGGUCCAUUCUUUGUGGUCGCGGUUGGGCCGAAAAGGACCUAGGUCAGGGUGGUCGCGAGAGCCUCAGCAGAGGUGUUCUCGACACUCUGUAUGCCGCAGCGACCAAGACGUACCACUCAACCGCAAUCCUACGAUGUCUCUUCACUGUUCACCUGGCUGUGGCGGAGUUCGACCUGGCCUUCAAGGCCUUUGACUCAUACCUCGAUCUUGUCAGACACGGCAAGGCCAGGGUGGACAAAACCGGCCACUUGGAGUCCAACCUCGACGACGACGGCACUGUUCUUGAAACCAUGUCACAAUGCAUCUUGGCGCUUUGCCGCUACGGUGGAAGAGAAGCCAUCGAUAAAGCCCGUGUUAUUGGCAAUGAGCUAGAGGACUGGUUAUCCAGGCUACCGCAGCUGAGAAAUGGCAUUGAAAGUGAGAACACUGUUCCGGAAGAGGAUGAAGCGACUACCCUUCAUCCCAAGAUUCGGCCUCACCUGAUUGCAUUGUCUUGGCAGGCAAUCGGCCUUUCCCAAGCCCAGUGGUCAAGAACAACAUACGACGCGGCAUCUCGAACUGAGAUUCAGACAAAGGCGAUCAGAUGCUUAAGGAAAUCCUUGUCUCCGGAACUCGGUCGUACUCGGGAUGUUCGCAGUCUUUUUGCUCUUGGCCUGUUACUCGCCGAGCGUCGAGAUUUGACCCCGGCGAUUGACAUUGUCAAGACGGCACUCAUCUCCAACAAGUCUGCUGACGAAGAGCAAGAUCUAUACCACGGCGCGUACUGGCAGGAGCGUUCUCUGAUUCCGCUAUGGCAUCUUUUGGCACUCUUAUUGAGCGCAAGACAGGAUUACAACAUGGCAGCCAAGGCUUGCGAUGGAGCUUUCGAGCAGUUUGGCGACCCCUCAGUCCUAUUCGGAAGACAGGAUAUCCACUUCAAGAGCGAACACCUUAACGAGGCCGAAGCUCAGGACGAAAAGAUUGCGAAUGAACGGAAGGGAGUAGUGGACGACAUGGAUGAUACCGAAAAGGAGAGUGUCCUCGAGGCCAAGAUGACACAAAUCGCCAUCAUUGAGUUGCUUGAAGGACCAGACAUUGCCGUUAACGCCUGCCCUGAGCUACUGUCUCUCUUCACAAGGCUAUUCGGAAGCCUCGAGGCCAAGCCAACUUUGCAACCACCCAAGGCUGUUGACACAAUACAGGUGCCAAAGAGCUCGGCUGGCACGCUGAGAAGUAUAAAGGGAAGCUUCUUCGGCUCUACACGAACGCGGCAACCCAGUAUAGCCGAAACGGAGAAAACAGUCACGCCUUCCCGCCCCCAGACCUCACAAACACAAGCCAGCGUUGCAGCCCCGACAAUACAAGUCACCCAAGAAAACGGAUCACCAACAGAGACGCGAACGCGGCGUCUUUCCAGUCUGACGCGCCGAUCGAGAAGUGAAUCGGGCAAAAGACACAGCUUGCGCAAGCGAGAUAGCAGCAGCGGUCGCAAGAGGACAGCAAGUGUCAGCAGCGCAGGCACCAAUCCACACGGACCGACGGUGGUUGACGGAGAGGUCUUCUUCACCCCAGCCGACGAACUGCAGCAGUCCGAGUUCUUCCCUCUCACAGGCAACCGUCAGGCUUCAAUGGCAUCUUCUGUUUCACGAGGACGUUCACUCCAUCACUUGGAGUCUUACACCUCCCAGAAAUCACGAUCAACAAAUUUCUCCGAAAUCUCUGCCAGUGGCACUUACACCAUAUCAAACCCGUUGCCGCUGAUCCACUUCCCCCAGGACAUGGAGCGGAGGCAAAGAGCUGUGCUGCUGGUCAAGGUGUGGUUAAUGAUUGCGGGAUUCUAUCGUCGAGCCAACAUGUUUGAGGACAGCAAGGGAGCCAUCUCAGAAGCGCAGAAGCUUGUAGGGAUACUCGAGGCUGAAGUAGCCAAGGAUCCUACGGGCUCUCUGUCAAUGAGGGGCAACAGCUGGGCCGAGAAGAAGGGCGUCGACGAGCUGCUCGGAGACGUUUGGGCGGAGCUCGGCUAUCUUUCUUUGGCAAAGGGCGCACCCUACUUGGCCCGGUCAGACUUCGAGAUGGCACUCACCCAUUACCCCAAUCACCCAGCAGCCAUCGUCGGCCUGUCCGAUAUUUUGCUCGACAUUUACAGCGAGAAAGUCCUGCCACCGCCGGCCAUUCCCACACUCAGUGUGCCGGAGAACGUCUCUAGCCUUUCGCUGCCGCCACCCAAUCUCCCAAAGAUUGCUGUCCCCCAGCACGGUCUCCCGUCAGAACCACUGGGUCUGGGCUCCGGCGGGUUGGGCGUAGGCCCCGCCGGCAAGACAAGCGGUCACCAAUCCGCGACGACGGCAUCGUCGGUCAAGUCGGUAGAGAGGUCCGAGUCGGACGACAAGCUGCCGGCGCCGUACAAGGCGACCUCGGUGCCGACCAUUGACCGCCUCGCCGCUCGAGACCGCGCGUACGGUCUCCUGUCUUCCCUGACGAAGCUCGGCAGCGCGUGGAAUAACGCAGAGGCCUGGUUCGCACUGGCCCGGGCUCACGAGGAGAGCGGGCAGGUGGACAAGGCAAAGGAGGUGCUGUGGUGGUGCGUCGAGCUGGAGGAGAGCACCGGCGUGCGCGAGUGGCAAUGUCUCGGAAGCGGUGGUUACGUGCUCUGA